UUAAGUUCCUUUCAAAGAAAUCAUCUAAAAGUGGCAGCAGGAAGAUGUAUGGGGUAGCAGUGUCAAAACAGCUCACAUACAAAAGCCACACCAGCAUCAAUAAUUCUGCAAGGUUUGCCUGUCAUGCUUCAAGCACAAGUUUACCCCUGCCCCCCCCAACAUACACAUCCAUACAGAGUGCGAGAGAGAGAGAGAGACUGAGAUGUGCCGAGUGAGCAAACCCUUCCGUGAAGCAUGAAAAGCAUUGCAUUGAGUCAUUAUGUAGCACUUCCACAACUGCACCCAUCCAGAGAAGCACAGCACUGUAGUUUCAUGGACCUUCUUCACAAUAUUUUUUCUUACUUUCCCACCAAGACGGUGUUUUCUUUGCACACUCAGACUGGCAACCAUUGAUCUGGGGAUAAUGGAGCUAUCACUGAUGGCAGCACAGCACUUCCCGGCUGUAAGUGCAGCCUUCAUGGAUUCUCCGUACAACGGCAAUGCGUCCUUGCAGACAUCCACCUCCAACCUCAAUGCUAGCUACUCUAGACCCUCAGAAGCAGAGGAUGAUGGGAAAGUGUCCAGUGACACCAUUUGGCUGUGGAUCGCUGUGCUGGCAACCAUUGGCAACAUAGUGGUGGUGGCGGUGGUUUGCGCCUGUGCCUUCUGACCUGAUGGAAGCAGAAAUACUGCUGCUGUUGCAUAAUGGAAAACCUUAUGUAACCUGAAAGUAUAUUUUUUCUUAGACAUGAUGUAAAGUAGCCUUACUUUUAGAUUGAUGACUUUAGAUUUUUAUUUUUGUUCUUAGAAGUGUAAGCUUUAGUUCGAAAGGGAAUUUGCAUGGGGUUCUUCAUUCAAACAAUUUUGAUAUUUUUCAACAAAUGAAAGAGUAGAAAUGUUAAACUCAAUUUAAAAAGUUAAAAAGGUCACACAAAACUAUUUGUUUCAAGUUGUGCAGUUAGUGUAGAGAGUGCAAUAAUGUUUUAAAAAAAGCCACAGAAUUAGCAGGUGGAUUUAACAUAACAUAGAGUCAC